AUGUCCAUCACACUAACAGGUCAGAAUUUGCGCGUGAGCUGGAAGAACGUCUAUCCACUUGGCAUACCAAGUAUUGCUGUGGAGCGUCUUCCACUUCAAGGACGGAUGCCGCAGUAUUUCGGGGGCGCCGUCUACCCCGGCGUCGCGCACCAACAAGCGCCGCACCUGCCCAGCCCCCACCCCAUGGAAUUAAUAUCUCAGAUGCUGCCCGUGGGUCAGGUGUCGUGCAUGCUGGCGCACCUGACGUUCAGCCAGGAGGACGUUGACAUGGUGUUGUACGGCUACUCCAAGAGCGCUGACGGCGAGGAGGAUUCACAGGGUCACGCACUCUCUGGUCUACAGCUGGGGAACAAACUGAGGCACGGGAUUGAGCAGAUUCUGUCUGCUGGACAGCGUCUUGACGACGGACACACGUCGACCGACUCCUCGCCGUUUGCCGUCGAUCCACGCAAUCUGGACCUCCCUGAAGGCGUGGCUGUAUUUCAGACGACGUUUGCAGGGACGGUACACUGUGGGGUGUUUUGUACGAAGACUGUGAUAGCCAAGGGACUCAAGUUUGGACCAUUUAAAGGGAGAAUUGUGAACACAAGUGAAGUUAAAACCAACGACGACAAUUCUCACAUGUGGGAAGUGUUCCGUGAAGGUAAACUAAGCCACUUCGUGGAUGGGCGAGGUAGUUCCAGCAACUGGAUGACGUAUGUGAACUGCGCGCGUUAUGCGCAGGAACAGAACCUACUCGCCAUACAGACUGCCGGCGAAAUUUGGUAUGAAGUGUGCAAGGAUAUACCCCAGGGGACAGAACUCUUGGUGUGGUACGGGGACUGUUAUCUCCAGUUCAUGGGGGUUCCUGUGGCCCUUAAGGAGAUGGCAGACGGUGGUAUUCAAGAGGAGGCUGACAGUAACGAGGGCUACCCGUGCGAGAGGUGUAACAAGGUGUUCGCCUACAAGUAUUACCGAGACAAACAUCUCAAGUACACUCGCUGCGUGGACCAGGGUGACCGCAAGUACCCCUGUCAUCUGUGUACCAGAUCAUUCGAGAAGCGAGAUCGUCUGCGCAUACACAUUCUGCACGUGCACGAGAAACACCGCCCCCACAAGUGUGUCGUGUGCAACAAAUGUUUUAGUCAGUCUUCCAGUUUAAACAAACACAUGAGGGUUCACAGUGGAGAAAGGCCGUACAAAUGUGUGUACUGUAACAAAGCAUUCACUGCAUCCAGCAUUCUCAGAACUCACAUCAGACAGCAUUCAGGAGAAAAACCGUUCAAGUGUAAACACUGUGGGAAAGCGUUCGCGUCACACGCAGCCCACGACAGCCACGUGAGACGUACACACACCAAGGAACGGCAGUACGUCUGCAACGUGUGCAGCAAGACCUUUACACAAACCUACGAACUCAAGUUCCACAUGACGUCACACAUAAACUCCCGCGCGGCGUCUCUCACCUGA